GAUUCAAGGUUGAAUAAUUUGAAUGGACGCGACUUUGACCUACCCCAAGGUGGCCUAGACGUGUCAGCAAUCAGCCAACCACAACACUUUGGCUCUCGCAUGGUAAAGUCGAUUUUAUGGCGAAGAUUGACAAAUAUAUUCAGUGCUGGAAAAAUGUUUCAAACCAACCAACAGUGAAGGUAACAUGAACCAGAGAUACGCUGAACUUCUUCACGCGGCAACUUUGAUUACAGUUUUGAGCACGCCUCAGUCAUUUUUGAAUCGUGUCAACUCGUACGGCGGCUCGGCCCCGUGUUUCUCCAGCGCGCCGCAGUCUUUGUUUCCGAGGGGCAGAGACAACAAUUAGAGGGACGGGUACUCACUCUCCUCGCAGGUGUGAACCCCAAACAAAUCGGGGAGUGGGAAAAUCGGUUCACUGCCAUGGCUUACGAGCCGAGAGGCGGAGGAGGCGGCGGCGGAGUUGACCGUGACUUUGGCGGCGGCGGCGCAGCCGAUGGGAUGCACAUGCGUGCCAGAGGACGAAGACCCGUAACCGACUACUCUUCUACUCUGGUACACUGGAUGCGCCAUCGCGAGCCGAGAUAUAGGGGCUCAUAUCAUGGCGAGUUCGAAAGACCAAGCCCCAGCUAUAUCGUUGAUAUGCUCCCACCGCAUGCCAGGCCCAACAAUGCCGCCGACACAAUACCUGUGCGACAUCUUCACUCGUCUCUCAACAAGGUCAAACAUCCCAUCAACGUCGUCAAAUGGACGCCCGAAGGGCGCCGGCUCUUGACAGCCUCUAGUGGCGGUGAGUUUACGCUAUGGAAUGGCACAGGCUUCAACUUCGAAACCAUCAUGCAGGCACACGAGUCUGCCAUCAGGGCUCUGGCCUACUCCCACAGGGACGAAUGGCUUCUGUCGGGCGAUCACGACGGCAUCAUACACUACUGGCAGCCCAACUUCAACAACGUUGAGACCAUUCGAGACUCCAAGGAUACGGUUCGCGAUAUUGCCUUCUCCCCCAAUGACUCAAAGUUUGUUGUGGCAACAGAUGAUGCCGCGCUGAAGGUUUAUGACUUUGCCGGUGCGACCCGCGAAGCAACCUUGAGCGGUCACCACUGGGAAACCAAAGCUUGCGACUGGCAUCCCACCAAAGGGUUGAUAGUCUCCGGCUCCAAGGACCAUCUUGUCAAGCUGUGGGACCCCCGAACAGGGCGCUGUCUCACAACCUUGCGCGGCCAUAAAAAUACCAUCACCAAGACCGUCUUCGAAAAGGUCCGCGGCAUGUGCCUCGCAACCUCGGCACGCGACCAAACAGCUCAUGUGUUUGACCUCCGCAUGAUGCGCGACAUCUGUCUUCUGCGUGGGCAUGAGAAGGACAUCACCACGCUGACCUGGCACCCCGUUCACCCCAACAUGCUGAGCACUGGUGGGUCUGAGGGAUCAAUGUGCCAUUACAUACUUGACGAACCCAACACGCCCGAUGGGAGACAGCAAACCAUCGCCCCUUACGACAGCCCGGACCCUACCGGGGCCCCCGCACAGGUCAUAUUUCCCGCACAUAAGCUGCCCUUCGCCCACGAUUUUGGCAUCUGGUCGCUUGACUGGCAUCCCCUGGGGCACAUCCUGGCCUCGGGCUCAAACGACCGCAUAACACGCUUCUGGACGCGCGCCAGGCCCGGCGACGAUGACGAGGUGCUCAAUGACCGCUAUCACAUAGGCGAGGCCGCCGCUGAGGCCCGCGGUACCUAUGAUAGGCGAGGCCAUCGCCGACAGCGACAGGAGGAAGAGGAACAGGAGAUGCAAGACGAGCUGAACGGACUCGUCGACCAGAAGGCCCCCGUGGGCGGCAACGGUGUGCCUACACUGCCAGGACUUGCCGCCGCCGCGGGCGGCUUGCCUAUUCUCCCUGGUCUUAGUCUCAACGCCAAUGGGGUCACUGCGCCAGGUGCCAAAGUCUCGGUGCCAGGCUUGACCGGGGUGCCAACGUCUUCGGGUGCCGUACCGCCACCUCCGCCGCUACCUUUCCCCUUGCCUUUGGGACCAGACGGGCAACCUCUCCCGCUACCCGACCCGAACAACCCCAUGGACCUUGCCAAGAUUGCCGAGAUGAUGCAGAAGGCUGGCUUACCUGUCCCCCAGCCAGGGAUGAUUCCUCCGGGAAUGCUGCCUCUGCCUCCACCGAAUGGUGCUGGCCUACCUUUCCCGCCCCCGCCCGGCUUCCCAGGGAUUGCUCCGCCUCCGGUUUCCGGUAUGGCAUUCCCUGCGGGAAUCGGGGCUUCCGCUCCGCCCAGCCUGGGAGUGGGAGAUGCUUCUGACGCAAGCAGGAGGGGACGCGCGCCACUGCCCUCGCAGGAAGACAGUCUGCGUGCUGAACAGUCCAGGGGACAUUACACAAGAGCGCGAUAAUGUGUUGGCAGUUUGCUGGCCCCUGUCUUCUGUCCGUACCGCUUGUACCCCUAUUUGUAAUUUCUUUUUUUCAAGUCACCGGUGCUUAUUCUCCUUACUGCUCGAUAGAGAAAACAACAACAAGGUGAACCAAAAGGUGCAUGGUCUCCCAUUUUGGCAGGCUUCGGCACAGUUCUGCUCGGAUAUGUAAUGGUUGUGGCGUCAAAAGUGGUUGCGAUCGCCAAGGAGACCCCGGUUGAAUGAUAAGAAACAAGGAAAAAUCGUGAGGCAUGCAGAAAAACAUGGAAGCACAUCAGGCAAUCCGCAAGCGGAGUGUCCAGUCGCCUGAAUUCCUGAUCUAUGCAUAAUAUAGAGAGCUGAGACUCUUUUCAAAAAGGGAUUCUGUAGCUGCUGGAAAGCAGACUGACAAGCACAAUAACAAAGCGGAUCUAAGACUAUUCUAGACUAGACCUAGACCUAAACCAGCUCGACAUGGGCCCUUUUUUAAAACUAAUAUGUAUCGAAUACGUAGUACACGCCUUUGCAGGCCUUGAAAUGUUAUAUAUACUUAAAAGUGACAAGACCAAUAUGACACAGGGA